UACCAAAAAUCCAAACGUUAUUUAUCAUAUCCGGAAAUCAUUGUUCCACACUCAGUAUUUUCGCAUUUACUUUACUAAUUAAAGGUGGCGCUGCGUACAGGUGCGACAACAAAUGAACUAUCUUGAAAAUUGUUUUUAAUACGCACCAAAAUGCCACAUUUCCGGACAAUGUGGCUAGGUUUUAUAAGUUUUUCAACUAUUGUAUCUAUUGGAUUGUGUCUGAACUGUUACGAGUGUCAAUCUAAGGAUGACACUGUUUGCUUAGAUCCCUUCACUGACGAGAGGAAGGACAUCGUCGGGGAUGCAGAAUGUGACCCCAAGGCCACGCACUGUGUCAAGUACAAGACAGUCAUGCACCUCCUAGACUCGGGGUUCAUCACUGGGAGAGCGAGGGAGAUUGUGGUGGUGUCGCGGUUUUGUCUGAUCAAGCCCGGGGCUAGCGAUGGCUGUAUUGCGGUGGAGGGUGACGGAAGUUUUUACAUCCAGUGUCUGUGUAGCACGGACAACUGUAACAGCGGUCGCUCAAUCCUUCCCAGCAUCCUCACUGUGCUAGUCACGUGUCUUACGGCGUUAUGGGUCAUGUGGCGGUAGUGGACUUUUCAUUUGUGGAAGUGUGCCUCAUGUUUUAUCAUUUAUAGGAGACGUAAUCAUCGGAACUGUAAUUAGAUAUUAGUACCGGUACAACAUAUGCUGUGUACAAUGGAAUGCUAUUUAUUGUGUUAAAUGUGUUACAUAUGGAUGGAAAAUUAACCUUAGUUUGGGUGCCUGGGAAAUCAAAUUGUAAAAGUUGAUGUUAUGCAAAUUUUUAUUACUUUGAAUCAUGCUGGUAUUGUUUAAAUAGUGUUUUUCCCCAUCUCCUUCGAAAAGUAUACUUUCUCUAAAACCAUUCCAAAUGUAUUCACUUAACAUAUGUGAUAUCUGACAACAGUUGGAUAAGUUUUAACUGUCAGAUCAGUGCCAUUUUGUCAACUUGAAUCUUAUAUAUUUGUAGCAUUUUACUUUAAUUUUUUAUGUCUGUGUGUCUAUAUCAUUGUGUGGGUUAUUACAUGCUGUAUAAAUCAUCUCAUUUGUCAGCUAUCAUUGAAAUAGCAAUAUACACUCAUUUUGUAAAUAUGCCAUGUCAUCUUCUAGCAGGGAGUUGUGUAUAGACACAAAGUCAGCAUAAAAUUACAUUCCAGAGACUAUACACAAGAAUUUCAUAUUUGAACCAUAUUGAACAUUGAAAUGUUUAAUGCAUGAUGAAGAGUUUAUCCUUUGUCAUAAUGCAGACUUUUUAUAUGUCAUUGAUCAUACUAUAUUACCUUUUAUGUUAUAUAUGCAAUUAAUAUUUUUAUAUAACAAUAUAAAUAAAACAGUAAAAGGAACAA